ACGCUGCAUCCCAGCGCAGGCUGACUGACACACAGGGCGGCCCUCGUGGCCCCGCCCCCCCCACGCACGUGUGUACGCGUCGGGGACCCCGCCCACCCGGCCUAAGUCCAGCACCCACCAGGUGGCGGCAAAGACGCACAGCGGUGCGGGUGCGGGGACCGGACGACCAGAGCGUCCUAGGAGACCAGCCCUCUAGGCAGAGUCUUAGGGAAGAGGGUAGCCCUUCAUUUUGCAUUUUUAUUUGUCGAGAGAAGGAAGGAUUAAGAAGGAGAGUGAGAGAGGGAAAGAAAGAACCGGGUGCGCAGGUGCAUCCUAAGGAACGUGGGAAGAAGGCGGUCUGGAGGGGAGGAGGAAGCCCAGACUGCGCACGCGCGACGGGUCCGCCGCCGCCUCUCCUCGGAGCCUCUGGCCUGACUGUGGAGGGAGGAGCGCCUGGGACCAGACUCAGCCGGGGAUCUCGAGGUCUCGCUCAGCUGCGUGUAGGGGUGAGGGAACUGGCCACCCCUCGCGGGGCAGCGGUGGCCAAGAUGCCGAUCAACAAAUCAGAGAAGCCUGAAAGUUGCGACAAUGUCAAAGUUGUUGUUCGAUGUCGACCCUUCAACGAGAGAGAAAAAGCAAUGUGCUACAAAUUGUCUGUUAAUGUGGAUGAGAUGAGAGGAACUAUUACUGUGCACAAAACAGAUUCUUCCAACGAACCUCCAAAGACAUUUACAUUUGACACAGUUUUUGGACCAGAUAGUAAACAACUUGAUGUUUACAACCUAACAGCAAGACCCAUUAUUGAUUCUGUGCUAGAAGGCUACAAUGGUACUAUAUUUGCAUAUGGACAGACUGGAACUGGCAAAACAUUUACCAUGGAAGGUGUACGAGCUGUACCUGAACUUAGAGGAAUUAUCCCAAAUUCAUUUGCUCAUAUAUUUGGUCAUAUUGCAAAAGCAGAGGGGGAUACAAGGUUUUUGGUUCGAGUAUCUUAUUUGGAAAUUUAUAAUGAAGAAGUGCGUGACCUUCUAGGAAAGGAUCAGACACAAAGAUUAGAGGUUAAAGAAAGACCUGAUGUAGGAGUUUACAUCAAAGAUCUGUCAGCUUAUGUGGUAAAUAAUGCAGAUGAUAUGGAUAGAAUUAUGACAUUAGGCCACAAAAAUCGUUCUGUUGGGGCAACUAAUAUGAAUGAACACAGUUCCCGUUCCCAUGCUAUAUUUACAAUUACUAUUGAAUGUAGUGAAAAGGGUAUUGAUGGAAAUAUGCAUGUUCGGAUGGGCAAAUUACACCUUGUAGAUCUUGCUGGUUCAGAAAGACAGGCAAAAACUGGAGCUACUGGACAACGACUGAAAGAAGCAACGAAAAUUAACCUUUCACUUUCCACUCUGGGUAAUGUAAUUUCUGCCUUGGUUGAUGGGAAAAGCACUCAUGUACCAUAUCGAAAUUCAAAAUUGACUCGCCUUCUUCAGGACUCCUUAGGAGGAAACUCAAAAACCAUGAUGUGUGCAAAUAUUGGGCCUGCAGACUACAAUUAUGAUGAGACUAUCAGUACAUUGCGAUAUGCUAACCGUGCUAAAAAUAUUAAGAAUAAAGCUAGAAUUAAUGAAGAUCCAAAGGAUGCUUUGCUUCGGCAGUUUCAGAAAGAAAUAGAAGAACUCAAAAAAAAGCUUGAAGAAGGGGAAGAGAUUUCAGGCUCUGAUGUCAGUGGAUCAGAAGAUGAUCAAGAUCAAGAGGCUGAGGCUGGAGAACAUGGAGAAAAAAGGAAAAAGAAAAAGGAUCAAGCAGGUAAAAAGAAGGUUUCUCCAGAUAAGAUGGUUGAAAUGCAAGCAAAAAUUGAUGAGGAAAGGAAAGCACUUGAAACCAAACUUGAUAUGGAAGAAGAAGAAAGAAAUAAAGCCAGAGCUGAACUGGAAAAAAGGGAGAAGGACCUUCUUAAAGCCCAACAAGAGCAUCAGUCACUUUUGGAAAAACUAUCUGCACUGGAAAAGAAGGUAAUUGUUGGUGGUGUUGACUUGUUGGCUAAAGCUGAGGAGCAAGAGAAACUUCUAGAGGAAUCUAACAUGGAACUAGAAGAAAGAAGGAAAAGAGCAGAACAACUUCGAAGAGAGCUUGAGGAAAAAGAGCAAGAACGCCUGGAUAUUGAAGAGAAAUAUACUAGUUUACAGGAAGAAGCUCAGGGAAAGACCAAGAAGUUGAAGAAAGUUUGGACCAUGCUAAUGGCUGCAAAGUCAGAGAUGGCAGAUCUUCAACAAGAACAUCAGAGGGAAAUUGAAGGCCUUCUGGAAAACAUUAGACAGCUCAGCAGAGAACUUCGCCUUCAGAUGCUUAUUAUUGACAACUUUAUUCCUCAGGAUUAUCAGGAAAUGAUUGAAAAUUAUGUUCAUUGGAAUGAAGACAUUGGAGAAUGGCAAUUAAAAUGUGUUGCCUACACAGGAAAUAAUAUGAGAAAGCAGACUCCAGUACCUGAUAAAAAGGAAAAAGAUCCUUUUGAAGUAGACCUUUCCCAUGUGUAUUUAGCUUAUACUGAGGAAAGCCUCAGACAAUCUUUGAUGAAAUUAGAGAGGCCACGCACUUCAAAGGGAAAGUCAAGGCCAAAAACUGGAAGAAGAAAGCGGUCUGUGAAGCCUGAAACUGUAAUUGAUUCUUUGCUUCAAUAAAUGUUUACAUCUGAAACAACAAUAAAAUGAGCGUAUGUUCUGAUGGUUGGCCGAGCUAUUUAGUUUACCUGAGAACAUUGAGGAUUUUUCUGUAAUUUGAUGCAACCAGGGUUAUAAAAUAAUGCCUUACUCUGGAGUAAGAAUUAGAAAUGAUCUUUUGCCCAAACACUAUUAUGCUGUAUAUGUUAUAUUAACAUAACAUGUUCAAACAAUAUAACUAAUAGUUGAUAAAUUGUUGUAAUGUGCACUACUACUAUUUGUUUUGUGCAGGAAAAUUUGAAAGACCAUAUUGCACAGAGUGACAGUGUUAGAUGUAUAUGUAAAGUCACAAGCUCUUUUAUUUACUCAAUACCUUCAUAGAGAGAACCUGAAUUUUAAGACAUGAGAAAAGCUAAAUGUCAUGUCAUGCCUUGCACAUAGAAACUGGCAGCUUCAAGUGUCCUGUGUUGUACUGUUGUGUUUGAAUGUGGUAACUUUUAUGAUAUGGCUCUUGUCUGAACUCUGAGUCACCCUCCUUCACUAUUUAAAUACUUGCUCAUUACAACAGUAGUUUUUGCUGUAGUUAACAUAUGAAAUGAAGAAGCUCAUCUAAGGAAAACACAACAUGCAUCUUUAUUAUAUACCAAUAAAUAACAUACACUGACAAUGUACCCCUUCUGCUUUUCUGAUCUUCCCACAUCUCCAUUGCUUACUACUAAUUUAAAUUCAACUGAGAUAUACAUUUUUGUUUGGGCUUAUAUAGGUAGCAAAGCCUGUGGAUUUAUCUUUUCAGUGAAUUGUCACCAAUUUAAGGAUGUCAUGCUUUUUGCAACAAAUAACCACAGUUAGAGAAAUUAUGGGACAUCAAAUAAGUUACUAAUUUAAGUGGUUAUAUUGUUUUGUGCUGAGAUCCUUGAUGUAUGAGCUAGUGAACUGAUUGCAUCUAAGUUUUUAUUUUGUUUUAAUUACUCUAUAUUUUGCCUGAAAGAGGAACUCUUACUCUUCAGAAAACCCAACACACUUAAGGAAUAAGCAAAUACAGCAGAUCAACAGUUGACAAUAGAAAUCUCUUAAGAACUUUGCAGAUCCAGUUGGUGUUGCCUUUGAGAAAGAAACCAAACAACAGAGCUUCCCAGGAAAAUGUUUAGGGGAUACUGAAGCCCAUUCUUCAAGCCGAAGACUUUCAUUUCCCUUCUUCAGAUUUUCUGUGCUUUGGAAGCAUGGAAUAUACAUACAUUUUUAUCUUUUCUCACUUAGUCAUUUGAGUGAUGUCAUCUUAUUUAAAGUUGGGUUUUUUUUUUUGUUGUUGUUGUUAUAACUUUUAAAAUGUACAAGGUACUUUAUUAGAAACUCUUUAUUCCUCUAGUGGUUAGUCAGCUACUUACAAAACCUGACAGUUGUUUUUUUUUUAACAUUGCACUUCUAUUAAAUCCCUAGUAUUUUAAAAUUUUCUGUGGCUUUUUAGACUUAAAAUAUUGUUAGCUAGUGCUAAACCACCUUGGUUUCAAAUGUUUUAAGUCUUCAAAAACCAGUAUUUAUUAACAACAUAAUUUCAGUAAGUAUUUUAAAUGUAUUCAUUUAUUAUUUUUGAGACUAACUUCAGGGGUGAAAAAUUGGUGCACUACCUCAAAGAAGGAAAAGCACUGAGGUCCUGUAUGUGAUGAGUAUAAUCUGUGUUUUCUGGGCAGUGUGUGAGAGGUUUUAAAAUCUGUAAUGCUUUCUUCAUGCGAGAUAUGACUAAAAUACUGUGAAGACUAAUUGAAUUUGUGUUCUGAAAAAUUGUGUCAGUAAGAUUCUUUGAAAGUUGACAAAUGUUUGUCAGAUGCCUAUUGAGCCUUGGAGGCCCUGGAAGGCCCAGUGACUCUGAAGAAUCAAAGGGUGUGGGUUCAAAGCCCAGGCUUGGAACUAAUCAACUGUGUGACCUUGAGCAAAUCCUUCCAGCUCUAACUCUAAAGUCAGGUGAACUCUUCAGAGAAAUCUUUCUUGUCCAAUGGAAUAGUAGUUAAUAUUUUUCUCUUAGGAAUAGACUUUUUCAGCCUCUAAAUCUGUGGAAAAAAUAGUUUGCUUUAAUAAGGGAAGUAUCCUUGCUUUUACUAGAAUAAAUACGAUAGCUUACAUUUUUAAAGUGCUUUAACAUUCCCACUUUCCAUAUGUUACCAUUUGGUCUUCAACAAUCUUGUGAGGUAGGCAGUGUAUUUAUUAUUAUUCCCAUUUUACAGAUGAAAAAUUUGAGACUUAAGAGGUAUAUAGUUUUUUGCCUGUCACACAGUAUCAGGAUUUGAAUCCAAGCCUCCUGACUCACAAUAUAUCAUUCUUUUCAUAAACUUGUAAUAGAAUUACUUCCUAUGUUGUGUCCCUCUCAAAGUACAACUUAAAUCCAUAAAAUAAAAAAAAAUAUAUAAUAUUUUUGGUGAUUAAGAAAAAUUAAAGUGUUUAUACUAGAGCUGUUUGUGCUAGAUAACCAUUAUAUUUUUUAGUUUCACAAGACAUUGACAUAAAAUUUAUCAACCAGGCAUAUUUGAAGCAAGGGAAGUACUGAUUUUAGGGCCAUUUGAUAGUUAAGAUUAAAGCUCAGAAUUAUUAUUCUAAAAUAAAAUGAACUCUUACGAUUCACUAUAUUUAAAAAUCCACAGGCUGAGUUCGUAGUGACUUCAGUGAUAAUCCAUGAAAGUGCACAACAAAUAAACAUUCUUAAAAUGAGUGGACAUCCACAUUUAGGUAAACUUGUUCUAAAAUACAGAUUGAUUAGGCUCUCAAGUGGCUAUGUCUUCUAUUCUUUGACUUAAAAAGUAAUAAUUACUUAUUAAAAGAACAUUAACAUUGAUAGGGCUGGAAGUUAUUAGUAUGUACUUUGUGAUUUCAUAACCUUUCUUAGGUAUUAAAAUACAGUGGCAUUCUCCAUACCAUAUGUAAUUUUCCAUAGAAUUAAUUGCUAGUUAACUAAGACUCUUCUGACUAUAUACAGAAGAUAUAUAUUUUCCCCAUAAUUACAGUUGUUAGUUGGCAUGUUUGUCAAAACAUUUUUUGGGAAGAAAUAAUUUUUUGUCUUUUUAUUUCUCUAAUAAAAAAAGUUUGAUACUUUAAAAAUUAGUUCAAUUAAAGCCCUUUUAGCCUUGGAUGCUUUACUUUUUCUAUGAUCCAUUUUAUCUGUAACACUCAUUUUAAUUUUAGUAUUUAUUAUGCCCUAUCUUUUUUCUUUUGCUUUAUAAUUUAUUUUUAAUAACUUAUUUUUCUCUUGAAAUCAUAUCCUAGGAAAUUUCCCCCAAGGAUAAAGUUUAAGAAAUGUCCCAUUAGAACUUAUUGGUGUUUGGUCAAGUUUUAAUGUAUGUUUAUGCUUUAAUGUUCCUGGUCCUAAAAAUGCUAGAAAAUAUAUCUCCCUUAGUGCCUUUGAUGAAUUUACACUGUAGUCAAAACAUUUAAAAUUUUAGCAACAGUGCUGUGUAUGAGCCCUAAAUAUAAGUUGUACAGUUAGCUUCAUUUGUAUUAUUUCAUUAAUUUUGAAAGUAAUAUUUGUUGAAUUUUUAUGUAAAAAUUUAUUUAUGUUGUAAAUAUCAGUAUUGUAUGUAUACAUGUAGCAUGUUCAUUCUGAUGAAUAAAAAUCUAAACUGUUAA